CCUGCUUCUAACAUACAUCACGUCGAUGGGCGGCCGUCAGGCCAGCCAACCUAAAAGAGGGCGGGCAUCACCUGCCCCCUCCCACUGCCUGCUCUCUCGCUGCCACCACCACCACCCUCGCCGUCGUCGUCGCCACCGGCCAUGAUCUCCACAUCGCGGCCACCCUCCCUGCGCAGCGUAGCCACCGAGGAUCCCCUCUCCGCCAUCCUCCGUCCCCCGCCCGCGGAGUCUUCCGAGGAUCGUUCGGUGCGUCUCCAGCGCGAGGCGAACGCGAAGAAGAUCAGCGACAGCAUCGACGAGGCCAUCAGGCAGGAUAGGGAGCGGCUCAAGAAGCGCAAGGAGGAUGUCAAGCUCCUACUCCUUGGCCAGGCCGAAUCAGGCAAGUCUACGCUGCAGAAGCAGUUCCAGCUCAUAUACAACCCAACGUCCCUCCACGAGGAGCGACUUUCAUGGCGAGUCGUUAUCCAGUACAAUAUUGUCCGGCCAGUGCUUCGCAUCCUCGAAGCGCUCGAUCUGUACGCCGAGGGUGACUCGGAUGACGACGUCGCCGAGAAGAUGAACUUCGCGUACGGCACGUUGGAGAGCCGGAUGGCAGCUUCCGACAGGAGCGAGAAACUCGGGAGAACCGCGGAUGCGAGUGCCAGCCGGGAGACCCUGCAACCGUCGCCGUCGCCGUCUAUGGAUCAGCAACUAACUGCUCUCCGACUCCGCUUGUCACCCCUCGUCCAACUCGAAUCGCAGCUCGCAAACCGGUUAGGCGGUGUAUCGGUAUGUGGCUCCGGCAAAGGCAGCGUGAUGGUUCGUACCGGCUGGCAAGCCCGCAGUUUCGGGAUUCCGUUUGGCAAGUCGAGGGAACGGACCAGCUCGAGGGGCCGCUUUAGCUUCACUGGUCAACGCAGCGCGCUGGAGAACGCGGCGACGGAGCGGAAGAGCAUAGAUACGGAAGCCUCGGAUCACUCUGAACUGGAGAAGGACAGGCUCGUGGAGGAGGUCGCGCUGGUGCUCAACUCGUGUAAGGGCGAUGUCCAGGAGUUGUGGCGGCAUCCUGCAGUGAAGCGGCUACGUGAGAACCGGAAGUUGCGGCUGGAAGAGUGGGCUGAAUACUUCAUGGAUAACAUCGGCCGCGUAUCUUCACCUGGGUACGUUCCCACCAUCGACGACAUUCUUCACGCGCGAAUACAAACCAUGGGAGUCGCCGAGCACAUAUUCGACGUUCCACUACACGGCCGCAAUGUCACUUGGCAUUUAUACGACGUUGGCGGUGCUAGGGGACAGAGGCACACGUGGGUUCCGUACUUCGACGAUGCGACUGCGAUCAUUUUCCUCGCACCAGUCAGCGCAUUUGAUCAGUACUUGAGCGAGGACCCCAGGACCAACCGCAUUGACGACUCGCUGCAGCUGUUCAAGCAGAUAUGCUCGAAUCCGCUGCUCAAGCAGGCACAUCUAGUCCUGUUCCUUAAUAAGGCGGAUGUACUUGCGGAUAAACUUACCCGCGGGAUCAGGGUUAAGAAAUAUAUCACGUCCUACGGCGACCGGCCAAACGACGUGGACGCAGUUGUAUCCUACUUCAAGGCACAUUUUACGCAAGUGCAUACACGUAACAACGAGGGCAAGCGCGUGCUCUAUACCCACCUCACGAGCGUCGUCGACACGAAGGCGAUGCAGAGCAUCAUCUCCAACGUGCGGGAUUCAAUAUUCCGUGAUUAUCUCAAGUCCGCUGCGCUCGUGUAAUGCCGACUUCGUCGCCUCUUUCUGCAUCAAGACCUGUAUCGAUCACCAGACAUAUCACCCUUCUUCUCUGUGCGCGUUGCCGCUUACCCUCCCCACGGUACAUCCGCGAACCGUACGCUUCCCCUUAUUUUAUCGCUUUCAACUUCAUCGAGUGUUGUUUUGGUACACUUUCGUCACGGUCCUGCUCCCCGCCCCG